AGCUCUGAGCGAUGGCACUGCUCGUCUAUGAGCGCAGACUACGAAGACAAGGGCGAGAUGCAUACGACUCAGGCUGUAUGCCAGCUCCCUCGUGCUGACGACCUGCCUCCAUGGCCCCCUACGGUAUCCUCUGUCCGGAACAGCGACUUCACAAACACCAAGCAGUCACAAGCGCAACAAAGCAGCGGCGUGAAGUCGAUCGGGGGUCUCGUGCUCGACGUCAAUUAAAGACCAACGUCACCACCGUCCAGGAGGCGCACGGUGAAGCUUGGACUUUUAAGGUCUACGACCGAAGUAAGGGAUGGCUGACUGCGCAGCCAGAAAGGCUGAUGAUCGACCCUACCAUCUCACACUCAUCCUCAACACGGAGAGUAACUCACCCUUUGGCCGGGAAGCAGCAUGAAGAAGUACCGCCAGUAAGCAGUUUAAAUCAAGUGAAUUGUAAGCUUCAUUGAUGCUCGAAGCUACCCAACCGAAGUGUAUCCGCAAGCAGGGAAACUGCACGGACAGCUUGCAGCUUUGAGCCGUGCCUUAGGCGCGAAAUUCACUACUCUUUCGCCGGGCGCAAUUUGUGAAAAGCAUUGCCAAAGGCAUCAGCUUGAAAGAACAGGGUUCAAA